AUGGGCCUUCGGGCCGGCCCCAAUAUAGGAAGCGCAGUUGCAGCCCACCGAGAGGUAGUUGUUCGGUUCUCCCACCACGCGUGCUGCCUGCCAGGCGCCGCCCGGCCCGGAUACCGCGCCCGGCACGCCGGUCGCCGGAAACCUCGCGCCCACGGACCGCGCACGCUGUUGCGUGCGGAUCAUACGGGUUCUUUCCCUUGCUCUCGGGGAUGGCCCAGCGUCAGUGUGCCGGCCAACGGCCAUCCGUUGACCGGCGACACGGCUCAAGCGGACGCGGCUUCGUGUGUGCCGGUCCUGGAUGCACGUGCUUGCCAGUACGCCGUACACAUCGGUGCUAUACGUAAUCGUAUACGGGAAAAAACGGUUCGCGGUUCUAUUUCACCCUCCCCAUCUCCCACCCGCCCGAGACAGCGACUCGCGACUCUGCGAGUAUGGCCGCGACCUAGGGUUCCUCCGCCGCCACUCCCGCCCGAGGCCGGCGGCCACCCCACCGAACCCGCCCACCGGCGUCGUCAUCCCCGGCUACAUCUCCAGCACAUCCCCGCCCGACGCCAGUCCAUCCUCGCCCGACGCCAGUCCAUCCCCGACCGACGAGCUACAUCAACGACGCAUCCCCGCCUGACGCCGGCGCUUCCCUGCCCGACGAGCUGCAGCGCCAACACAUCCUCGCGCCGUCGAGCAGCCGGCCAGCCACUGGCCCCAGAGUUGCCGCCAGCCCCAACCAAGGGCGCACCAGUAUGGGUGACAAAGCAGAUUGGAGUGAUCGGUUUUAUCCGUGAUAGCCAAUUGCAUGAUAAGGAGUUCGAGAGAUGUGACGCCGAUGAAGAUUACUUGGUACAAGAGACAAGUGACACGACAGGAGAGGAUGGUAGUGAGCAUGUAGAGAACGAGGAUACUAUGAAUAUCAUUCGUACUAGGAUAGCGGAUGGUUUGGUUAGUGCGAGAGAAAGCUAGUUAUGUUAUGUUGAGGGAUGACAUUGUUGUAUGGACCAAUCACUUUGAUGGAUGAAAAACUAUGAAAAUUAUUUUUAUCUUGCUUAAACAGUCUUUUUAAUGAUAA